AUGGAUGCCAUGGGACAAUCCAUCCCGCACCUCCUCCUGCUCACUUCUCGAUCCUUCAAUGGCAGCGAGCCCGGCGACAAGUCUCCACAAGAUUUCGCAAAGGAAGGCCGAUACAACUAUGUUCCAUCAUUCGCCGCGGCGGUCAUCUUCCUCGUGCUGUACGGCCUUGCGUUGAUCAUGAAUUUGGGCAUGAUGUUCUGGCAUCGAUCUUGGUUUUGGUGGUCGAUGAACUUUGCGGUCGCCAUGGAGUUCGUUGGAUAUCUGACCCGAGCUAUCUCCAUCAAGAAUCUGGACGAGAAGAGCGUCUUCAUAGUCCAGACUGUUAUGAUUCUCGUCGCGCCCGCCGUGAUGGCGGCGGCCUGCUACAUGGCAUUCGGCCGGGUCGUGUUGUGGGUGGUACCUCCACGGUUUCAGUCAGCUCGUCAUCUCUGGGUGCCUGCACGCAGGAUAACUCCAGUCUUUGUGGGAUCCGAUGUCUUCAGCUUCUUUGUCCAGGUCAUUGGAGGCGCCAUGGUGGCCGGGGCAAACACGAAAUCACACGCGAACGCAGGGAAAAACGUGGUGCUGGUCGGACUCGGUUUACAAUUGGCGUCCUUUGGCUUUUUCGUCUUUGCCACCCUGCGACUGAACGUCCUCCUAAGGACCACGCUGCGAGACAUUUCACUGCCCAAGGAGCGCAACUGGCAGUUGUUUCUGACGGUGAUCAACGUGGCCAACAUAUUGAUUCUGAUUCGGACGCUGCUUCGAUUCAUCGAAUUCGCCUUGGGCACGACAAAUUACCUCAUCGAUCACGAGUGGUUCUUCUAUGCUUUUGAUUCGGCACUGAUGUUCCUCGUGGUGAUACUCUUCAUUGUCGUUCACCCGGGCCAUUAUUUGCCGUAUCUGGGGAUCAAGAGGAGGGAGCAACAGUUCUCGAGAAACGCAGACAAGGGGCCUUUUGCUAAACUUGGACGAGGCCACAUGACGAUGGAACUGUCGUGA